CUCCUUCCUCUCACGCUCGUUCAUCUUAUCGAUUCAAUGCCCAGUUUCCCUUGAUUUAUAACCCUUUUUCAAAUUGCCAAUUACUACUCGAACGUUACAUUACAUAAUCUUUUAUUGCGUCUUUUGCCACUUUUACUGCUUGUCUCACCGAUUUAACGUUUCGUAACAAACAAUCCGAUAAACGGUUCCUAAUGCGCAUCGUGAACGAUUUAUCGCGAAUCGACGUAAGAUCAAUGAAUCGUUACCGAUUAAUUUCCCUGACCUGCUGACCGUCGUCCUAACUCGUAAUACUGUGACUUACCGCGGCCCGCUGCGUUUAUCGCAAGUAUACGUGCAUGCAUGCAUGUACGUACGUACAUAUGCGUGUAGGUAGACGGAAGAAGUGUUUUAUAAAAAAAUUAUACUUUUAUCACAUGUGACAAGAAAAUUUCAAUGGUAUAAAAGCAUUUUUCCUCUCAAGGACGUUAAUCUCGUCGUUAAUGCGCAUUGCAGUAUGACAUCAUAGUUGAUGUGCAAGUGAAUAAGAUCCGUUUCGUUUCCUAGCAAUCAUUUUAACAGUAAUUUUUCGUAGCCGCUUAUCAACCAAUCGGUUUUUAUCGACACGUACAUACAAAUACAUGUUACAGCAUCGUAUGGUGGGUCAAUUAUUUGAAUAAACAUUUCUCAUUUCCGGAAAAUCGAAUUCCCACUGAAACUAUCGAGAUCCACUGUUUAUAAUUACAUAUCGUCAAAUGUAAACUACGAGAACAGAUUCGUUAUCUUCGAGUAUAUGAGUAAGGACUGAAAGCAAGCAAAAUGCCGUGGGUUUUCUCUGAAAAUGAAAUCAUUCAAUAUACACGUAAACAUCGCGUGUUUUUUAGGAAUAUCCGUAUCCGUUAGAGCCGCGAUAGAAUUAUUUUUUUAAAACUUCAUGUAAACUUAACUUCUGGGAAACCUAUUUUUCGCUCGUCAACUUGUAAAAGAACAUUCAUGUACUUAAAUUUAAGAAUUUCACCCAAAGUUUUAAUUUGACGAGGGAAACACAAAUACUAUGCUCUAUUGGCUUGUAAUGCGUCACGUGGUCAAAAAUGUGACUCAUUUUGCGCUAUUCUUCUGGUAUGUAGAAUCCAGCAAAGGUUUGUUUCUACCAUAGCAACUCGUCGUUAAACCGAUAGCAAUUUUCUAGAAAAUCAAGGUCUUCCACCCACGUUUAGAUCUAAACGAGUAAGAUUGACAACAUCAGUGCACUAUCAGAAUGUGCGAUCGCGCUAACGUCCGUUGCAACACAAUAGAUUUUCUACGAUGGGCAGAAACGAGACGCAGUCAUCGUUCAAACUCGUGUACAUUGUUCUCUAAUACGGCUUACGUGCAUUACCCGAUAUCGGUAGCAGUACUGUAAAAUGAUCGCGACGAUUCACUUCUGAAAUGUGUACUUUCCGAAAAUACAUCAUAUUCUUUUCUCUCUCUCUCAACGUGACGUGACUUCACUAAUCAGGAGGAGUAAAGUCCGAAGUUGCAGUGAUGUCAGACGAUACGUAAUUACGUAAAUAAAAAUUGAUUUCAACGGUUGCAAACGGGAGGAGAGUAAGCGAGACGCUGUAUCUAUAGAAUUCAGUCGCGUGUCGCAAUGCUGUUACUGUAGUUUUGAAUGCAGCCCGUCUGUGAUACGAGGAGAGGAGCAACGGAACCGCGCGGUUCUUAUUCCGAAAUCUGUCUCAUACAUACAAAUAUAAGUAAUCGAACGACUCGUCCACGCGCGUAUCUCGGGUUCCCCGCCCGGACAACUUUGUCCAUCCCGUAAUACUUCCUGUUUAUUGGCACCUCGUUUUUGUUUCAAGCGGAAGACGCGGGCAUAUCGUGUGUCCACACGGCCACCGCAGCUACUCCUCCCAAUCCGAUUAUGUAGCUGCAUGUAAUACCGCGUAUGCCGUAAUGAAUUUUUCGAGCGAUGGGACCGCCGGUUCAUAAUCAUUGCUUGCGACCUCGCUCCAUCGCAUUUCUCUCUCUUAUGACACACGGUGCAUGCACGUAUUUCAACGACCGUCCCGACCGUUACAGAGAUUCUAUUAGGAGUCUAAUAUGUGAAAGAAUUUCGAUUGGAACGAUAAGUACGAGCCGACCGAAAAGUUUGGUCGGCUCCAACUGGUUGAUUGGGUAACGAUCUUGGAAUCUUUUUCUCUUAUUAUUGCAUCACACGUCCAGCGGACCGAAGGAGGUAGCAUCUCUAAAUAAGUGUAUAUAUUACUAUUGCUAACCGGUUUAUCAUGCGAUGUGAUUUCCGAUUGUGAUACCCACUCGGUUCUUAAGUGCGUUACCUAACUGCUAAAGGAAUAAGUUCCUUUAGCAGCGCGAUGUCCUUGUCCCACAGCAGCUCGAGUGAACGAGCUAGAUCCCUGCACUCUUUUAGACUUUGGGUUAGCAAGCUGUCCAUCUAUACUUGAGCGUGAACACACAUUGUGCUGCACGCACGAUGCAUACAUUUAAAUGCUUAUCCAAGGCCGUUGUUUACUGACACAUCGGCUCGAGGCUCGUGCUACCGUUAAAAUGUUAUCUCGUAAAACUGCAGCUCAUGUAUCUUAUAAGUUCCUCAUCUCCAAUACUCCCGAUAAGAUUAGGUUUCUAUACAUUUCGAAAGUCGAAUGUCCAUUCGAAUCGAUGUACACAUGAUGACGAAAAAAUAUUUGCAACAAACCACUCUUGACGAGUGGUUUCAGAUUGAAAUGCUCUCUAAAUACAAGUAGCUAUUAGAGAUAGUUCAACAAAUAUAUUAGUUUUCGUGCAUCGGACAUUAUGCAAGCGGAACAGUUCCUAGCUACGUUGACCUCAUUUCUGAGUUGACCUUAAUAUCAUACAAGGUACUCCAACUCGAUCUAUACAGUACCUCCCGCGUUCUAUCAAGUUUUUGGAAACUCUUUCACGCAUAAACACUCAAAUGAAAUCGUCGCAACUGUAUCGAAUAAAAUUAUUAAGACAUUUUUUUUAUUCCUACUGCAAUCAUCGUUACUUCAUCACUCAUUAAAAACGAAUGAUUACAACCAUAAUUCCAAAAUUCCAAUUGCAAAUUAUCGAGACUCUUGGCUGAAAUAAGAAUUUCGUACAUCUUUAUAAUUCUUACACUAUUAUUGAAAUAUCCAUUUUUCUAAAUAAUUUUUUAUGACGAUUCGCCAGCUUGACUAGCUGGGUAGUCGAGGAAAACAUAACCUUGUUCCAUGUCUUCGGACCAUGUAUUGCUACCUUUGGGUAAUCACUAAUUAUAUAAUGUGAUCAUCCUUGAUAACUGCGCGUUUUGCGAUAAAGAUGUUGGAACACUUUAGAGCCUUGCACUGUCAAUGCAUUUUCACUUUUCGCGAUGGAUGACGGUGUCGUCGAAACAAAAGUGAAGAUCCUAUUUUUUGCCAAAGCGAGAGAAAUAACAGGGAGAAAAGAAGCUUACAUUACCGUGCCGCAGAAAUUAUCGUAUACCGAUUUGAAGAAUAAAGUUAUAGGACAAUUUGAUUUGCAAGUUAUUCGUGACACGUUGAUUCUUGCUGUGAACGAAGCAUUCGUUUCUUCGGACGCGAUCGUAGAAUUCACAGAAAACGACGAAAUUGCUGUUAUUCCGCCGCUCAGUGGAGGAUAGCAAUGGAUGCUCCAAAAAAUUUUGUGAAACUUCAGCAAGAGGAACUGAAUAUUACAGAUAUAAUCAAUUUGGUAGUAGCUCCAAAUU